AUGAGCAGCAAGAAGAAGAAAGUAAGCUGCAUUAUCUAGUAAAAUAGGGCUCAAAUUUUAAAAUAAAUACAAAAAUUCGUCAUAAUGACAUAUUUUUUGGAAUUUUUUACCAAAAAGAAAAAACAGGAAAUGGGAAAUUUCUCGGUAAAAAAACGACCUAAGUAGAAAAACAAAAGCUACUAUAAUAUAGGAUAAGGCCCGUCUUUUAUAAUCAGGUCACUUUCUCUCUCAUCCAGACAAAAAAUAAGGCCGAGAUUUGAAUAAUUCCCCUAUUAAUCCCCCAUGCGGAUUUGAUGAUUAAAAAUCAGCGGUAUUAGGACUAUCUUUGAAUAAUCAUCAAAAUUCCGGAAGUAAAAAGGCUGAAAAAUAAUUUUAGAGCAAUGUUUCAAUUCCAGGGAGCUAUGAAAAGCACGGAGCCGACCAGAUUCGAGAGCAUCAAAGAGGUGAAACGACCCGUCAAGUUCGACAUGGCCGGCCAUCAGCUGAACAAGGGGAAGAGCAAAACACCCAACGGAUCCAACCUGAAGAAGAAGGAAACUCCUAAAGGUACGUAUUGUCUGUUUUUUACCUUAUUUUAGAUCACCUUGCCUAGUACAAUAUGAAAAAAUUUUAGCGAAAGUCCCAACUCUGAAAACUGACAAGACGGGCCCUGAUGAGUCCAGCAAGAAAUCCAAGAAGAAGAAGAGACGAAACAAGGCUCAGGAGGAAGAUGUGGAUGACGUAGAGGCUAUUCAUAACAAACCCAAUCACAAGAAAAAGAGCCCAACCAAGCCUGAGGACGAGGAGAAGCUGACCGCUAUCGUUGCUGUAAACGAACCCGCUGGAAAGCCUGUGUUCAUGGAAGAUACUAUUCAAACUACUCCGAUCAAACCCAUCCAUCCUACCGAAACGCCACUACAGUCGGCAGUGGCUAAGCGUAUAAAUUAUUGA